AUGGCAGAAGAUCUUUAUGAUUCCACUAUAGAAUAAAAUAGCAAAUUAUUGGAAUAAGGCAUUCCUACCAAUAAUCGUUCUACUGAUUGUUUUGUUUCUUGAUGCUAUUAGAGAAGUGAAGAAAUACUCAGCUGCACAUGGAACUGAAAAGGCUGCAAAUAUCAACCCCAAUGCCUAUGAUCAUAUUCAGGUGAAACUUUUUAGGUCACAAAGAAACCUUUACAUCUCAGGAUUCUCCCUGUUUCUCUGGCUUGUACUGAGACGUACUGUCACCCUUAUUACUCAGUUGGCCAAAGAGAUGGGAAUUCAGGUAGCUAUGGAAAUUCAAGUAGCAAAUACUAAUGAAGCUGCCAGAAAAUACAUGGAGGAGAAUGAAAAGUUGCAACAGGCUUUGAAUGAAAAAGGGAAGUGUGAAAAUGAACAGGCUCUAGAAGAAGACAAUAAAAAACUGAGGAAAGAAACAGAAAAACUGAAAGCGGAAUUAAAGAAAACUUCGAAUG